CUUCCACGUAAUCAGCGACCCACAAGUUUGACUUGUUUAAAAGCAUCCUAAGACAUCCCUUCGUAAGGUUUGAAAGACGGUAUGGAGUUUCUAUUCCACCUCUUUCUAGUUCUUCUGUUGUCAUGGCAACACGCCAUUGCACACGACUGCAGGGACUACAUCUAUUUCAUGCCAGGCUUCCAGCUGCAUGAUCACGUCAUCCAUACGAAAGUGACGACAGACCAUGAGGAAUGCCGGGAGAGUUGCCGCAAAAAUGACGCGUGUUUCUCCAUCAACUUCAAGCAGAACGAAUCGCAAUGUGAGCUGAACAGCGCUUCACACAUGACACAUCCGCGAAGGCUCAGACCAGAAGUCAACGCAUUCUACGCUUUGGUGAAACCGCCGACCAACUGCAGUAACGAGUACUGUUCGACGGGAAAAAAGUGUGUCUUGCAAGGAAAGCGAUUGAGGUACAAAUGCGAAGAUUGCGUAGACGUGGCUUUGGGUAUGGAAUCACUUGCUAUCAGUGACUCCGCAAUCACUGCAUCAAGUUUCUUGGAGCCAUCAUACGAACCUUACUACGCUCGGCUCAACUCUCCGCGUGGCGCGGUCGGUCGCGGCUGGGUUCCAUCGCAUAAUACUGCGGGGGGCUUCCUUCAGAUUGACCUGGGGCGUCUGGUGGUUGUCACAAGGGUUGCUACUCAAGGAAGGCGGGACUAUCCACAGUGGGUUAAAACUUACAAGAUCAAAUACAGCAUUGACUUCACCACAUGGCAAGCGUUUCAGGAGAACGGAGGAGAAAAGGUGUUCACUGGCAACACAGACCACACCACGGUUGUCUAUCAGUUGCUUCCAUCCCCCGUUGUAGCACGUGGAUUCCAGUUUCUUUUCAUAACAUUCAAAGAUCGUCCAGCUUUGAGGGUGGAACUUUACGGAACGUGCAUGUAAUGUACCUGCCGGUGUGGUCAGGGCGUUCCUACGCAGGAGGUCCCAAAUACUGAUUCGUUGACUAAUUUGAUGGUAUUUUGGGUUUCAUUUGUUCGCAAUUUUACGGGGCUAUUAAAUUGCCAAGAUUCGUUGACUGAUUCGGUGGUGAGUCGUUGUUGACUGAUUCGAUGGUAUUUUGGGUUUAAUUGUUCGCAUUUUUAUGGGGUUAUUGAAAAUUUUCCUUACACUUUUAAUGCCAAACCUGGGUUUAAAGGCGGUUACUGUCCAGAUGGUUUGCCUAAGCGAAGAGUGGCCGCUGGGGAAAGGCAUUUCAGACUUGCAUUCCUAUUUUCUCACUUGUGAUAGUUUUUUUUUACCAAUUGCAUGUUAAAGUGUUUAUUUUAUCUAUAUUUAAAUAAAGAAUUUUGCUUUAUUGGUGCGUCCGCCUUACCUACCCCUUGUAGGUUAAAGAAGAAAGUGCCGUCGACUCCUCUCUUCCCUUCCCAUCUCUUUUGUUUUCGCAGGAAGAAAGACUAUUUUCAAAUCGAUUGAAUAGAGUUUCACUACUUAUUCAUAAAACCCUGUUUGUAUGGAUUUAUGCAGCAAUAAAUAUACGUCACAGAAGUGACUUAUAAAGA